CACCUCCCUCUCCAAGAUGGCGUCUUUGCUGCAAUCGGAGCGGGUUCUCUACCUAGUCCAGGGAGAAAAGAAGGUUCGGGCCCCUCUCUCGCAGCUCUACUUCUGCCGCUAUUGUAGCGAGCUGCGGUCGCUGGAAUGUGUGUCUCACGAGGUGGACUCCCACUAUUGUCCCAGUUGUUUAGAAAACAUGCCAUCAGCUGAAGCCAAACUGAAAAAGAACAGGUGUGCCAACUGCUUUGACUGUCCUGGAUGCAUGCACACGCUCUCCACCCGUGCAACCAGCAUCUCCACACAGCUUCCAGAUGACCCAGCCAAGACCACCAUGAAGAAAGCCUAUUACCUGGCCUGUGGGUUUUGUCGCUGGACAUCUAGAGACGUGGGCAUGGCAGACAAAUCUGUGGCUAGCGGUGGUUGGCAGGAACCUGAAAAUCCUCACACUCAGCGGAUGAACAAACUGAUUGAAUAUUACCAGCAGCUUGCUCAGAAGGAGAAGGUGGAGCGAGAUCGCAAGAAACUGGCACGGCGUAGAAACUACAUGCCUUUGGCUUUUUCGCAACACACUAUUCAUGUAGUGGACAAAUACGGUCUCGGAACGAGGCUUCAGCGACCACGAGCUGGCGCGACCAUCAGCACCCUUGCUGGACUUUCCCUUAAAGAAGGAGAGGACCAGAAAGAGAUAAAGAUUGAGCCAGCUCAAGCUGUAGACGAGGUGGAGCCUCUACCUGAAGACUACUAUACAAGACCGGUCAAUUUAACAGAGGUAACCACCCUUCAGCAGCGCCUCCUGCAGCCUGACUUCCAGCCAAUCUGCGCUUCUCAGCUCUACCCUCGUCACAAACAUCUUCUGAUCAAACGGUCCCUGCGCUGCCGGAAAUGUGAACAUAAUUUGAGCAAGCCAGAAUUUAAUCCAACAUCUAUCAAAUUUAAAAUCCAGCUGGUUGCUGUCAAUUAUAUCCCAGAAGUGAGAAUCAUGUCGAUUCCCAACCUUCGCUACAUGAAGGAGAGCCAGGUCCUCCUGACUCUUACGAAUCCGGUGGAGAACCUCACCCACGUGACGCUGCUGGAGUGCGAUGAGGGGGACCCUGACAAUAUCAACAGCACUGCUAAGGUGGCGGUGCCCCCCAAAGAGCUUGUGUUGGCUGGCAAGGACGCCGCAGCUGAGUAUGAUGAGCUGGCCGAGCCCCAGGACUUCCAGGACGACCCCGACAUUAUCGCCUUCAGAAAGGCCAACAAAGUGGGUAUUUUCAUCAAAGUGACCCCACAGCGUGAGGAGGGCGAAGUGACCGUGUGCUUUAAGAUGAAGCAUGAUUUUAAAAACCUGGCAGCCCCCAUCCGCCCCAUCGAGGAAAGUGACCAGGCCACCGAAGUCAUCUGGCUCACGCAGCAUGUGGAACUCAGCUUGGGCCCACUUCUUCCUUAGAAGGCUUCACUGGUGGGCAGGUUCCGAACAAUGGUAUCACUACAAACCCGUGUAAAACGCAGAAGCUGCUGCUUCAGGCCUUGUGUAUAACGAUAUACCCACGCACUACCAAAUCCUGUUCCCUGGAGGGCGGGGGCAGGCGCGGCCUUAGGAACAUGGGGCAACUGCUGUUCCUCUUGCUCUCACUCUGUUAGCACCAGUAAAUCGUGUCUCCCUCACUGAGCCCUGCACGUUGACUAACCACAGCACAGUUCCAUCCCGAGAACGGGGGUGGCGGCUGUUCCUUGGAGUGGCGUUAGAUUUACACUUGACAGACUCCACAGACUGUCUCCUGAUCAGACCGCACAGAGGAUCAGACUCUCGCAGAGGAAACCUAAAAUGAUUACAGAAAGGAAGACCUGCUGGUCACUAUCCGACACUGGCCUCAGUGCACCACCUGCUUCCUGCGUCCCAUUAGAUCGAACCUAGCCAUCUAAACGCGUCCUUUCCGUCGCCGUCGGGGCUCCCGUCAUGCCAGAGACUUCCGUUUGACGAAAAUAGAAUUGCCACAUUGUCUUUAGUUUUGUGACAGUUGGAAAACCCUGAGAAGUUUUAAGGGUUCUCAUUUGCCCUCUUCUGAGUGAAUACAGGAUACUUUUUUAUUGGUUGCUCUUAAAAUUUUUCCCCAAUAGAAUAUAGAUUUUUUUUAAGAAGAAUUUGAUAAGCAGGCAUUUACAUGUCAUGUCAAGGGGGUGGCAAAUUCCAUUUAUUUUUAAGUGUUGCCACAGUAUCCAGGGAUUAAUGCUUCCACGGGGAGGCAGUCUGUGUACGUCCUACUCCCCUCCCCUUCUCUGCCCUGCCUCUCUAACUCAGUAGAUUGUUCUGAGUGUUUGGGACCUGGAAAGAGCCCAAAGAAAACUUGUGGACAAGUUCACUUCUGGAAUGCAGGAAACACUUCAAAGGUUAGGUUGUUAGCAUGAUCUGAACUAAUGUUCUUUCCUCUGAUUCGAAGGGGAGAUUAACAGUUACCUCCUGAACCCAAACUGGAUAUGAAGACAAAGAACCUUCCCCUUCCUGAGUGUGGCUGUUACCACGUGUGUCAAAUGAGACCGUGUCGAUUGUAAACAUCACACAGCUCAGCGAGUAGCCCCGUGCACUCGCUUGACAGCGCACGUCCUGUCCUCACUCUGCAUCCUGGAGUUCGGUUGUUCACUUAAGUUUUGUGACGUUUUCUGGAAUGAGAGUUGACAAAGUGGACCGCCAGCUGCACCAGCACAUUUUCUGUAAAUGCACUGUUAGCAAGUGGACAGCUGGUGGAUGGAGAAGUUUCCUGUUCACCCUGGUUUGGUUUUCAAGUUCAAGCCUUGAGUUUAAAGAGGAGAAAUUAAGAUAGAUAGUAAUCUAGAAAUAUAGAUAGGACAUUGUAUCUUGUCAGCUCCCUGGGAAGAUAAAAUUUAGGAAGCCUUUGAAAGACACUAAGUGAUAUUCUUAAGGUCAAGCCAAUUUUAUGAAAUAAUGUUCCACAGAGUAAUAUACAUGCUGCAGUGUUAAUAUUGUGACAAUAAUAAGUAAGGUUUAGCCUCUUAAAAGUUGGGGCAGAGGUUAUGUAAUUACAAACCUGCAAACUCUAGAAAUAGUUUAAUUUGUUGUGACUCCACAGAGUGUCAAGUUAAUUUUUAUUUCACUGCCUGCUAGAAUCUGCUGUGAGGUCGCUGCUCCCAUUUGCCAGUGGAGGAAAGGACAUCGCCGUGGAGACGAGCUCUCAGUUUACACGUUUGCAGCGGCUGCACACGGGUGUGUGUGGACCCAUGGUGCCGAGCUGGUGUUGGUUCCUGAAGGGAACACUAUUAAACAAAUGGGUCUCGUCAUCCCCUGUGACACAAACACAAAAACACUUUCGAUAAUAGAAUUUGUUUCCUUUAGAAGCCAAAUUAACUGGCAGAGUAACAGAGCUAUUUGUUUAGUACGUCCUCAAGAUAGUCCUCAGUGCAGGCUGGUGUUCCGUGUGUUAGUAGAAAUGGUUCAGCACCUGCAGCUGGUAAAUUCAAAACUUAUGUGUCGCUUUUGUGCAUUAGAUGUGGUGCGAGAUUUGUGAUGCAACGUCAUUGUGCACCACUGCGGGCGAACCAGAGGUCAGUAGCACUAGAGACUACGGUUUGGGAAACCUAAGAUGAAGUUAAUUUGGAUUUGUGACUUGAUUAGCCCACCAAAAUUUUAUUCAGUGUGCUUGUAGGCGUAAUGAGCUAAAUGUCAUGCAUAUUUGUGAAGAAACCUUUUUGGUCCCUUGUCGGAAUAAGAGGCACUCCUUGAUCUUUAUGAAUGACAAAUUCUUGUUUUGCCUUAUUGCUUAACUCAUUGUAGUCAAAUAAAGCAGACAAAGCCCGAA